ACUACGCUCUUCAAUCAAAGACCAAAGCUAUCGAGAGAUCGAUCACUGCACGCCAGCUGCUCGGAGAAAAGGCGAGAAGAAAAUAGUGAGCUCGCAGCUAGCUAAGUUAGCUUGCUUAGCCAUGGGCGAGGAAGCCGCGGCGGCCACGGUGACGGCGGCGGCGGCGGCGGCGGCGAGCGGCGGCGCGCCGCACCUGCUCCUCAUCUGCUUCCCCGGGCAGGGCCACGUCAACCCGAUGCUCCGGCUCGCCAAGCGCAUCGCGGCGAAGGGCCUCGUCGUGACGUUCUCGUCGACGUCCGCCAUCGGCGCCAAGCUCGUGGAGUCGUCCGGCGUGUCGGUCGGCGGCGACGGCGUGCCGCUCGGCGGCGGCCGGAUCAGGUUCGAGUUCUUGGAGGAUGGCUUCGACGGGAGCGACCUCGACGAGCUGAUGCGGCACCUCGGGACGGCCGGGCCGGCGGCGUUCGCCGAGCUGCUCGCGCGGCAGGAGGCGGCGGGGCGGCCGGUGGCGUGCGUCGUCGGGAACCCGUUCAUCCCGUGGGCGGUCGACGUCGCCGCCGCCGCCGGCAUCCUGUCGGCCGUGCUGUGGGUGCAGUCGUGCGCCGUGUUCUCGCUCUACUACCACCGCGUCCACGGCCUCGUCGAGUUCCCCCCCGAGGACGACCUCGACGCGCGGCUCACGCUGCCGGGGCUCCCGGCGAUGUCGGUCGCCGACGUGCCGUCCUUCCUCCUCCCGUCGAACCCCUACAUGAGCCUCACGGAGGCGAUACAGCAGCAGAUCCGCACCAUCGACAAGGCGACGUGGGUGUUCGUCAACUCCUUCACCGAGCUGGAGCGCGACGUGGUGGACGCGCUCCGCGGCGUCGCGACGUCGCCGCCGCCGCCGCCGCUCAUCCCCGUCGGCCCGCUGAUCGAGCUGGAGGGCGACGCCGCGGUGCGCGGCGACAUGAUCAGGGCAGCGGACGACUGCGUCGGGUGGCUGGACGAACACCCUCCGCGCUCCGUCGUGUACGCGUCGCUCGGCAGCGUCGUGGUGCUGUCCGCCGGCGAGGUGGCGGAGAUGGCGCACGGGCUCGCCUCCACCGGCCGGCCGUUCCUCUGGGUGGUGCGGCCGGACAGCCGCGCGCUGCUGCCGGAGGGGUUCCUCGACGCCGUCGCCGGCCGCGGCAUGGUGGUGCCAUGGAGCCCCCAGGAGCAAGUGCUCGUCCACCCCGCCGUGGCGUGCUUCCUCACGCACUGCGGCUGGAACUCGACGCUGGAGACGGUCGCCGCCGGCGUGCCGGUGGUGGCGUUCCCGCAGUGGGGGGACCAGUGCACCGACGCCAUGUUCCUCGUCGACGAGCUCGGGAUGGGCGUCCGCCUCCGCGCGCCGCUGCGGCGCGGCGCCGUGCGCGACGCCGUCGACGCCGCCGUGGCGGGGCCCGACGCCGGCGCGAUGCGGUCCAGCGCCGCAGCGUGGAGCGCCGCCGCGCGGGCGGCCGUGGCGGCCGGCGGCUCGUCGGACCGCCACGUGGAGGCGUUCGUGGAGGAGGUGAAGGCGCGAGCGGCUAAGGCGUGACGUCACGCAUGGAAUCAUAAAUCGCAGCGUUUAGUUAUUAAGUAAGCGGCAGGGACAGAUUUAAUUAAUUGCUACUUCGUACAAGUAUUUUGCCACCGGUUUGAUUUUACCCAAGCGUCGUGGUAAAUAAAAAUAGUGGCGCUGUCAUUUUCGUCAAAAUUUUGUUUGAUUUGUGUAGCUGUUUUGGCAAAAUAAAAUUUAACGUAUACGGACACACAUUUAAAGUAUUAAACGUAAACUAAUAACAAAACAAAUUACAGAUUUCGCCUGUAAACUGCGAGAUAAAUCUAUUAGACCUAAUUAAUCCGUUAUUAGCAAAUGGUUACUGUAGCAUCUUAUUGUCAAAUAAUGACGUAAUUAGGCUCAAAAGAUUCGUCUCGCAAUUUAUAUGCAAACUGUGCCAUUGGCGUAAUUAAUUGCUACAAGUAUUUUGCCACCGGUUUGAUUUUACCUAAGCGUCGUAGUAAAUAAAAAUAGUGGCGCUGUCAUUUUCGUCCAAAUUUUGUUUGAUUUAAUUCGUCGUUUUGUAGUUAGGCAUACACAAUGCACGCUGACACGUAAGCAAAAUGGUAAAAGAGAAAAAGAUUGAUGGUGUCCGCCGUGGUUUGCAAAUUUCAACCACGAGUUAAAAAUAUAUACGUGUUACCAUUUUCAUUGCAUACUAGACGUACGGGCCACGAAGGUUUGAUGGCUACGUGCUACGUGUAUAGACAAUUCAGUCCAUUUCAAAACCUACCCAGCACACAAGAAUUCAGUUUUGGAAGAAACACGGAAAUGUGAGACUAGAUUCAAACCGCAUGAAUUUUGGGAUGCGUGUCCUCAAGAUCAUGUACAUGAACUUUUCUUUUUGCAAAUUCAAAAUUAAUAACCUUUUUUUCUUAACUAUUUGAUUCAUGCAAAUUCUUCUAUAUUAACGGACCUAGCGUCAAUUCCGACGAAAACCGGUCGAAUUCCGUGAAAUUUCAACGUUUCGACACGGCUCGGAAUUAACUUUCGAUUGGAAUUUCGAAGGUUAAACAGUAGAUUCAGUUGAAAUUUAUCGAAAACCGAUCGAAAUUUAUUGAAAACCGUGAUACUAAUGGGGCUCGAAAUUUAGUGAUCAACCGGUAAUGUAAACCCUACCUGGCGACGCCGCCGAGCAAGCACAAUAAGUAGCACUCCCUCCGUUUCAUAUUGUAAUUUAUAAGAUUUUCUAGCAUUGUCUAUAUUCAUAUAGAUGUUAAUGAAUCUGGGCAAUGCUAUAAAGUAUUACAUCGUGAAUCGGAGGAAUUAUUUCUUAUUCAUUAGCCAUGUUUUACAUACACUUUCGCCAUAAAUACCGGUAAUGACA